CCGUUGGGGUCACGGAUGCCCCAGAGGGGGUCACAUAUCCCCCCCAGAGGUGUCACACAUACCCCCAUUGGGGUCCCAUGUUCCCCGCUGGGGUCACGGACGCUGCGGGCCCGGUCGCGCGGGGGGGGGGGCGGAGCCCCCGCCUGUCAAUCAGAGCUGGCUCCGCCCCAGCCCGACUCAGCCCCUUGUGGGCGUGGCCUCGCCGGACACACCGCGCAUGCGCCUGAGCUGGUUCCGGCGCGGCGCUUCCGGGUGGGCCCGGCGCGGCCGCGGGGCGCCCGCCAUGGCCACGCUGUUCCCGUCGCUCCUGCCGCGCCUCACCGAGCCCCUCUGGUUCAACCUCGACCGCCCCUGCGUGGACGAGACCGAGCUGCAGCAGCAGGAGCAGCAGCACCAGGCCUGGGUGGGCCUCAGCUGCAGAGCAUUGCUGAGAAGGACAACAACCUGGUGCCCAUAGGAAAGCCAGCAUCCGAGCACUACGACGAGGAGGAGGAGGAGGAUGAUGAAGACGAUGAAGACAGCGAAGAGGACUCUGAAGAUGACGAGGACAUGCAGGAUAUGGAUGAGAUGAACGAUUAUAAUGAGUCUCCUGAUGACGGGGAGAUCAAUGAGGUGGACAUGGAAGGGGCAGAGCAGGAUCAGGACCAGUGGAUGAUCUGAUUCUGCUACGACCAAACAGGAGCUGGGGAGAGCCCUUGCCCCCCACAAGGGCAGGGGAGCAGGUCAGUGAAGCUCCUUCUGCCAUGGGUGCUGUGUGGGGGCCUUGGAGCAGGGGAGCCGGAGGAGUGGCUGCCACCUGGCACAUCGGGGCUGACAUGUCUUUUCUAAUAAACUCACUUUACAAGAAAA